CUCUCAUCUGAGCUCGCUGAGCGCCUAAACUAUUUCCAUCAUGGCUUCCCAUGACAUCGAGAAAGACAUCGCGGAGCCGAACGAUCGCUCAUCAUCAAAGGAAGGAGAAAAACCCGAGCUAGCAAACAUCGAGGAUGUCGAAAGACAGAAAGAACAAGUCGAAACUCACCUCUCUCGGUUUACCAAAGAAGAAGAGGAGGCCGUGAUCAGGAAACUCGACUGGCAUUUGAUGCCACUAAUCUUCGUCUUGUAUUCGCUCAGUGUCCUUGAUCGGUCGAACCUGGGCAAUGCGAAGAUCGCGGGGAUGCAGAAAGAUAUCAAUAUUGGUGGGAAUCGCUAUGCUUGGCUUGGGACGAUCUUCUAUAUCUCGUAUAUUCUUUUCCAAUGGACGCAAAUGGGAUGGAAGGUCUUCCCUCCUCAUCGCUGGGUUGCAUUCGCUGUUCUAUUCUGGGGCACGGUGUCCAGUGUUCAAGCUGGUUGUACCAGCUGGGAAGGAUUGAUGGUCUGCCGCUUCCUACUCGCGAUUCCUGAAGCCAUGUAUGGACCGGCUGUGCCCCUUUACCUGUCUUUCUUUUACCCGAGAGAGAGACUGGGAUUGAGAGUUGGUCUCUUUCUAUCUGGUUCUGCGCUGGCAAAUGCAUAUGGUGGUGCUUUGGCUUAUGGAAUUUCACAAGCGCAUGGUGCUAUCCAUGCCUGGAGGAUUUUAUUCCUCGUUGAAGGUCUACCAACCGUCGCCCUCGCAGGAGUGGCCUGGUUCUGGCUCCCCGACAGCCCCAGCAAAGCCAAGUUCCUCUCCGACCGAGACCGCGAAAUAGCAAUCGAGCUCUCCCUCCGGCAACCCGGCGACCGCACAAGUGAUGAAUUUCAAUGGAAGCAAGCCGUUGGCGCGCUCCUAGACUACCGCAGCUACCUUCCGCCCAUGAUCUACUUCGGUUGUAAUGUUUGCUUUGCCUCCCUCCCCCUUUUCGUUCCAACCAUCAUCUCGGAAAUGGGAGCCUUCACGCUCAUCCAAUCGAACGGCCUUUCUGCGCCUCCUUACGUUCUGUGCUUUAUCAGCAUUGUCACAUGUGCUUUCAUUUCAGAUCGAGUAGGAGUCCGUGGCCCUUUCGUUGCUGGCGCUGGACUGGUCGCUGCAAUCGGGUACAUCCUCCUGGCCACCCAGACAAUCGUUGCAGUCCGCUAUUUCGGCAUCUUUCUCGCGACUAUCAUCUUCACGUCUGUGGCGUUGACACUCUCCUGGGUCUCGAACACGCAUGCCACAGACUCGAAGCGUGCUGCUGGGUUGGCGAUCUUGGCGACCGGAGGGCAGUGUGGGCCAGUUCUGGGUACAAAUAUCUUCCCACCGCAAGAAGGGCCGUUUUAUAGGAAGGGUAUGUGGAUUUCUUGCGGUGCUUGUUUGUUGGUUUUUGUGCUGGCUACGCUGCAGAGCUUCUUGCUGUGGAAGGAAAAUCAGAGGAGGGAUCGGAAGUAUGGGAAGCAGAGGGAUACGACGUAUAUUCCUGUGCAGGAUGAGUUGGGGAAUGAUAAGUACUUCAGAUUUGUUAUUUAAGGUCACUUUGAUUUUGGGUGGAUAGCCUAGCUCGAUUUAAUGAUGUUUGCCAAGGAUUUUGAGGAGUUUUGAAGGUUGUUUUGAUAGGAAGAUACAAAAUUCGAAGUUUUAUGACAAAGUCUGGUCUCCUCCCAGCGAUCGCGUUUGAGUAAAACUCCAGCACUUGAAAUU